AUGUCCCAGUUCGCGGCGGACUACCCCUGGCUCGCGAAAUACGGUUUUGGCCCGACGGUCAAGGCGGAGAGGUGGAACGGCCGCCACGCCAUGUUUGGCUGGCUGGCGAUCCUGGGGACGGGCGUUGCCAAGUCGCACGGCUGGCUGCCCAGCGGGGACGUCGCCCUCACCUACAACGAGUGGGGCGGGCUCGCGCAGCAGGGAUUCAACACUUACAUCACCAACGAGCGCGCCAUCAUCAUGAUCGCGCACGUCCACGCGCUGGCCGUGUCGGCCGCCGCAGCCUUCGGCCCGCAGGUGCUCGGCGACUCGCUCACGCUGCUCGACGGCGAGAAGGACGAGGACCCGUAUGGUCUCUUUGUGCCCCUCAAGGGCACGUUUGGCCUCACGCCUGCGGCAGAGAUGGCAAACGGGCGCAUGGCCAUGAUGGGCAUCAUCGCCGUCGUGCUCACCUCGGCCAUCUCCGGCAAGGACAUCCUCGAGGUGGUCGACAUCGGAACUGGCGGCAACCUCCUCACCCACCCCAUGUUCUGA